AUGCACCAUUGUAUAGGAAAGAAGUGCUGCUUCACAACAAACAAGACUUCACUUCUCGAACGUCACUGUAAUCAAUGUGCUGAGUAUCAGCAAACAAUCCUCCAAGAUGCUGCAAAGUAUCGAGAGUUGCGGACUCGCCGGAAAGCCAAAAGGGAAGAGAAGAUAAGAAAGACAGCCACGGGGCAGGCCAUACAAUCCCAUAGUCAGGAUGUGCCUAUGGUGGUCGACGAGACAAGCUCAGAUGUGUACGUGGGCAAUAAUGACUAUACAGACUUGCCCAGCCCUUCGACUGGGUCAGUAUCGGAUGCACCAAGUAGGGAUGUCGCUGCGGAAAUUGGUCGACCAACACGUGAACGGAGGCUGCCGAGACGCUAUCGGUCUAUGCAAGACAUAACGCGCGUUCGGCAUGUCAGCCGACAUCUUGAUGUCAUACCGGAGGGCCCGUCCCCUGCCAUUAAUCCUGAGCCUAUCAUGGACGCACCUCCUAAUCCCAGUGCUGUGCGGCGUGUAAUCCUACAUGUCUGGGACUCCAUGCGAACUGCGGUUAAUGCAUUUGGUGUCCUCCGUGAGUAUCCGCAUCGCCCCUCGUUUGAUCCAGAUGCAGCAGUGCGUCCGGAGGACCUCGCAGACUAUCACAACAAGGGGCCCUGCGAAGAUAUACAGGGGGGAUUGUUAAACAGCGAUUCUUUCACUUCAACAUCCGCACCACCAGCCGACAGAGCACCACCGUGGCCCUUUGCGAAUAUGUCUAUCUGGCGGCUGAUGAACUGGUUUAGCUCUGGAAGUGGUCAGAAAUCAGUGGGAGAAACAAAUCGUCUUGUGCACGAUGUUCUCCUCGCAGAUGACUUCACAGCAUCCGACCUACAUCAUUUCAGGGUUGCGCGUGAAGCAAAGCGCAUAGAUGGCUCUGAGGAAGACACACCAGACGUCGCAUCAGAUGCCCAGUCAGCCCCAUUUGCUGGUGAUGGAUGGAGAAAGACAUCCGUUGACAUAGACAUUCCGACAGGCGAACGAGACAGCCCCAAAUCUCCUGGUUAUAAAACCUUCUCCAUUAGUGGUCUUCACUAUCGGUGUCACGACUUGGUACGGCGCCUAGCCAUUUUUUAA